GAAAAAGUUUCGUAUUAAAAAAGAACCGUUCAGUCGAACAGGCUUCUUUUUCACCUUUUUAGGUUUUCUACUCAUCUUGUUAUGUUUAAUUGGUUGUCAGACACCUGGAUCAAAAAGUCUUUAUUUUGUUAAAGUAACAGAUGCACCCAGUUAUAAAGGAUCACCCAUGUCAGCUUAUUAUGGCUGGAGAGGAUAUUGUAUUGACGAUGGACAAACAAACUGUUAUGGUCAUGACGUUCUUGUAGUGCCAUUAGAUGUCUCCAUCAGCAACAGUCUCAACAUCACUUAUCCCCGACUAUUUACCGAUGCCGUCAGUCCAGAUACUGAUCUGAAUCCUGGAGCAGCGCCCAAUCCAGCACAUGAUCCCAAGAUAUUUCCAGCAGCUGUACUUUGUUUGCUCUGUAGUGGUGUCUCCCUCUUCUUGGGAAUUUGGAAAUGGUAUCAACCUCAUAAAUAUACUGACCAACACUAUACACGUGGCUUCUUGGCAGCCUCAUCCGCUGUACUUGCUCUCUUACUGAUCGCUCUCAGCUCAGUCAUGUAUCAGAAUGCUGUCUAUGAGCUCAAUGUGAUGUAUCCCAACUUGGUUGCAAGUGAGGGACCAAGUAUGAUCAUGGUGGGUGUUGCCUUUGGCUCAUUCUUUAUAGCCGCUAUUGGAUUACUCAGAGGUGUACUUAAUGCAGAUAUGAAUGCUGAAGGUUAUAAUGCUAUUUAGCUUUUCUUUUUAUUAAAUUUGUAAAUAAACAUGUUGCU